UGCUCUAUCUGUGCGCCCGGGGAAGGGAGAAAGAGCCUUGAACUUCUUGCUGCAGCAACAGCUGCUUCGCUCGAUCUGGUGUCUCCUCGCAGCUGGAGCUGUUGCCAUAGAGAAGCUUGUUUGAUUCACCAUUCGCCCUGUCAGCGCUGAAGUGUCGGGAGACUAAUUACUGUGGGGACCCACUGGCUGUCUCUGAGGAAACUGGGAAGCUAUUAUGUAUUUGACAGCCUGCUCUACUUCCUGAUCUGCAAAAUUUAUUGUAAAAACACCGUCAUUAACAAUUUACAAAGUUGGACGAGCAUGGAACGUUUUCGAAACCAAGCAACCCAUUCUAAAGGAUGAAAGACUUAACAGCAACCUAGGAGUGAGUCAAGUCCUUCAAUUAUGAACCAGAUGCGGCCACAGCAUUUCCAAGAGCAGCUGUCUUCAGAUUGCUCCAGUUCUCAGGAUUCAUUAGACACCUUGUCAAUGGAUGACUUCUGGAGUGAAGUAGAGAACAUUAAGGAAAGCCAUAGGACUGAACCGGAUGAACAUUUGGAUGUGAAGACACCAGAAGAUGGAGAUUUUGAGAUUGAUUGGCUUCACGAUGCUGGGCUCUCCACUCUUAUCAAAGAAGAUGGCAGAAAUGAUGAUGAAGAGGUCUUGCUUUCUACUCUAACACGCACGCAGUCUGCAGCUGUGCAGCGCAGAUUGGAAAACUAUACUCUAUCUAUGCGGGUAAAGAGCAAGCAACCUGUACGAGAUGUUAGGGAUAUCUUUUCAGGAUCAAAGAUUUCAAAAACGCAAGAUACCAAAUGUUCAGUUAUCGAUGCAUUGCAACCAGACCAGCACCUUGAGAAUCUGCUGCCAGAAGACGAAAAAAGAGAAGCUUGUUCUGAUGAACAUGAGACUACAUCACCAACACAGGAUGAAAUUUCGAAGACAAAAUUUAUAUCUUUUGAUAUUUCUUAUUCUGAGCAAGCAGCAAUUUUGCGAAACAGUGUACAGUAUAAAAAGCUCCCCAAGAAGAGAAAUGAUGAUGGGACUUUGCCUCAAUACAGAAGGUGCAAGAAUAAACUAGGAGUAACAAGGAUAGGUGACCUCUCGGCACAGGACAUGAAAAGAAUUCACACUUUGGCACUAAUUGAACUAACAGCUCUGUUUGAUGUCUUGGAUUUGGAAGUGAAGCGACACAAAACAGUGAAAACGAAAAUGUAUGAUAAUAAAAUUUUCGGUGUCCCACUCACACAUCUAAUUGAAAAUGAUCAGAGGAUUGAUCCCAACACUAAAGUUCCAUUGUUCCUUAAAGAGUUGCUGAGCUGUCUGGAAGAAAAUGGUUUGGAAACAGAAGGGAUUCUUCGCAUUUCAGGAUCUGUAGCUAGAAUAAAGAAUUUACAGAAGGAGCUAGAUGCAAAUUUUUACCAAAAAUGUUUUGACUGGAAAAAUGCCCACCAAAAUGAUUUGUCAGGUUUAUUAAAGAUGUUUAUCCGUGAAUUGCCAUAUCCCUUGUUAACAGCAGAAUAUGUGACUGCUUUUGCAACAGUCAAAGAUAUCUCUGAUCAAAUACAAAUGAUUCAUGCCCUGAAUCUCCUUGUGGUGAUCCUUCCAGAUGCAUACAGAGCUACACUUAAGCUUCUUUUAGAGUUUCUUCGCAAAGUGAUUGAUAAAGAGAAGAAAAACAAGAUGAAUCUCUGGAACGUUUCAACAAUAAUGGCCCCUAACCUCUUCUUGCACAAGGGAAUUCCAAACAAAAUUCCUGAUGGCAAAGAGAAGCAGCAGGCAGAAAAAGCUGCAAAUGUUGUUCGGAUGCUCAUCCACUACCAGGACCUUCUCUGGACUAUUCCAUGUUUCCUUGUGGCACAGGUGAGAAAACUGAAUGAAAACAGCAAUAAGAAAUAUGAUAAGCGUCUAAAAAAUCUUCUAAAGAAGAUUCACACAGACAAACACGACAAGCAACAGCAGCAGUUGAACAAGGUCAUAAAAAUACAAGCCCCCCAGUUAUUGAAGGAUACAAUGGAGGUCCAACUGAAUCCUGACAUUGUAGUCCGGGAUCUUGUGGCUAAGUUCCAGACACAAUUCAACUGCAGCAGUUGGGAUGCCACCAAUACUGAUGUCACACAAAGAAACAAUGGUUCUACUGAUUGUUCAGAGUUCUGCCUGUAUGAAGUGGGUGGUAAUAUAGGCGAACACUGUCUUGAUCCCGAUGCACUUAUUUUGGAACUGUACAGGAUUAACCCUCAGGCUGAGUGGGUUAUAAAGCAACGUGCAGCAUUGUGAAAUGGAAGCUACAUUUUCGUGAAUAUUCAUCACUUAAAUCCACAGAGUUUGCUGGUUGAAUAAUAUCUGUACUUUAGCUAUUGUUAAAACCUCAGAGAGCAAAAGAAAUAAUGCUAAAGUACUUUCUCAAGGUACAUCCAAGAUGCAACUUAUUCAGCAAAGUCCAGCACCUUCAUUAAAUGAUGGACCCUUACCACUAAUUUAGAUUAAAAAAAACAGAUCAGCUUUUAAUUUGCUGGUCUACUGGCAUGUGAAUUUGAUAGCUUGAAUUUUAUACAAAAUUUAUAUUUAACCCUGGCUAUUUUUUUGGGGACAUGUGUAAGCACUGCCAAAUAUUGCUAAGAAUAUUAUGGAAAAGACACACAAAUUACCUUUAUCACUAUGUAAUAUAUAUUUUCUUGGAAUGUGUUUAACUGUCUUUUGAAUGUCACUUUGGAGUUACUUGGAAAAAGGAAUCUGUAAAGUGGAGAAAGUGCAACAAAAUGCAACUUGGCUUGUGCCAAAAUGUACGCACAAUCUGUUAUUUAUUGAAGGAGAAAAAGGAAUGAGCUGAACCUGAACCUUCAGUUUAUUUGCCAUGAAGCCAUAUUUGACUGCAUAUAUCAAACUCUGCAGAAGCAAGAGGAUCUUCAGCUCGGACAAAGAAUUAUGAUUGUGUUUCAGCACUUUAGGGCUUUGUUACAGAGAAUGUGAUGCAAUCCAAGGCAAAAAUUUGGUAGUAUAAAAACACAAUAGCCCAUAUGAAUUUAUUAUGGACAAUAAUAUUUGAAAUCUGCAUAGCAUGUGUUUUGCUUUCUUUAAGGCAACAGCCUCCUGCUAUUUACUCUUUAGCUUUUAAUGUUGUACAAUGUAUAAUAUUGAUAUGUAAAGUUUGGAACAUUUUUCUACGCAUUGCUGCAAUUGUAAUUUUUCUUCUAUUUUAAGUUUGUUUUAGCAACCAUCUCAAUCUGUUGUUUGUGUCAUUCCAUUAAUUGGUAAUGUUAUUUUUAAGAAGAUUAAAUAAUACGAUCUUUACAAUAUUCACAAUUCUUCUAACUGCAAAGAUUAUUUCCAACUAUUGAGAAAUUAUUGCGCUCUGCCAGUACAGCAAAUAAUAAUUAGCAGUCCUGACUAAGGCACAUCAGACUUCUCAAAAUUGAAUCCCCAGAAUUUCUGUUACCUAGAUUCACCCAGGACUAGCAGAGUUAGAAACAACUGGUGGAAUAGAUUAAAGACAAGAGUUUUCUUCAUUCUUUUUGAUAUUAUUUAACAUAACAUUGUAGAUGCAAUUACAGCCAAUAUUUAAAAUUAAACUGAGCAAAGCAACAGGUAAAGAGCAGCAAAAAAUGAAAUUUCGUCAUAAUUGCUGAAUAUAUUGUAUGUCAGCAACCUUGCCAGGCCUGAUAGCUCUACUCGUUUGUUGUACUUUCCUCAGUGCAGCUCAGCUGAAAUCAGCCAAACCUAAAUAAAAGAGCUUGAAAAUUAAAAACAAAUUAUGUUAAAUGUAACUCGAGUUUCAGUACCAUACAACACUUGUUUAAAAAUAUUGUGCUAGAGUCAGUCCUGGAUGAAUCCUCAGAUUGAAAUAGUAAGUAGGCAUGUUUCACUUGAUUGCACCUGUUUGUGCCCAUAGAAAGAUGCGCUGCAAAUUCAGUUUAGUUAUUUUAGGUGCAUGUUUUACAAGUUUCUACAUUUCACGAAGAAAUUGUCUCAUGUACAUCAAUGGAACUAGUAAAUGAUUCAGUUUUUUUAAUGACAUUGUCAGUGAUUUUAAAUGAGGUUACUCAGAGGACUAGAUAUUCUUGUUAAACAUCCUUUUCUUUUGAUAGGCUGAGUUCACCAGUCUGGAAUACAUAAAAUGUUAAUAUAAUGAUCAUGAAAAUAAGUUAUUGUAUUCUAUCAUGUGGCCUCAUUGUACAGAUUCAUGGAAGAUUUUACAUGUAUAAUUAUGCAAAUAAGUUUGAUCCAAAACUUCACCUUGGAAUUCAGUUUACUGAGUACACCUAAAGUGCAAACUUGACCCCAAAUCAUCCACUGAAUAUUUAACUUGUCAGAUUAAUAAAUCCUGCAUAAGCACAAUAUUGGCUGGGAUUUGUUUAAUAGUUAUGAUGGUAAAACAAACAGUUUUCACAAUCACUUUGCCCCCUAACUGUGCAGUUAAAUGUGGAUUUUUUUUCUUUAUUCAUUCAUGGGAUGAGGCUAGGCAGCAGUUAUUACCUGCCCCUAAUUGCCCAGAGGGCAGUUAAGAGUCAACCACAUUGCUGUGGGUCUGGAGUCACGAGGAUGCCAGAUAGUGUAAGGAUGGCAGUUUCUUUCCCUAUAGGACAUUGUUGGAAAAAACUAUCUGGGUCACCAAUCAACAAUGGAUUCACAGUAAUCAUUAGAAUCUUAAUUCCAGAUUUUAAAAAUUGAAUUCAAAUUCCACCAUCUGCCAUGACAGGCUUUGAACAUGGUUCACCAGAAUAUUAUCUAGUCUCUGGAUUAAUAGUUCAGCAAUAACACCACUCGGCCUUCACCUCCUCCAUCUCAAUGUUGCCGUCAGUGAUUUAUUGCUUCUCCUUGCAGUCUUCUCCCUGCAGGCUGCAGUCAACUAGAACCAUUUGAUGACAACUUAUCCUGUUACGCUGGAAUUUUGUUGUUUAAGAAAAUCUCAAAUAACUAUGCCUCGAUGAAUGAUGUAUAACUGAGUUUCCAAUGAUAUACUGAGUCAUAAAUAUUGCUAAGCAUCAUCUUGGCCCUGGAAAUCUACUUUUAUAUUUAUGUAAUAUUUUUCCAGUCUCAUAAAAUUUCUCAAGUUUUUGAUGUAAUAAAACUUUUUGUUUGAUAUUUCAGUUUCUACUGUGUAUGCCUCAAUCAUAAUUGAGCUUGCUGGAAAACUUGCAUUGAAUCAUGAAUAAUUGGAACAUUUUACUUCCUCAUUUGCUAUUUGUGAAGCCUUUAAUGUGAUUGAUUUCCUUCACCACUUGAUGGCGUCACUGUUGCUAGUUGUCCAAAACCCCUCUAGUUGGCAGCAGACUCAAAUUAAUGUUGGGAAGGGUGAAAUCUCUUCCACAGAGAUCUGAGUCUUUCCUGGGAAGCUUUCUUCAACAUCAGGGUUGAAUGUCAUUGAUUGUAAUAACCAUUAAAUAGUCAACAUCACCCGAGGAAAUCAAGAACAUAAAGCACUGAGUAUGUUGUUAUCAGAUUUCUAUUCUUUUCUAAACUGUAAAACAAACCAAUGUUAAUGGGCAAGUGGAAGACCAGGUUCUGGUCUAAUUUUUAAUAAUUUAAACCAUUGAUAGGUUUUCCACCAUCUUCAAACUCUAUCUGAAUAAGAAUACUUAUAUUUGGUGAUUAAUUGUCCUAUAUCUGUAUACUUGGAGAUAUUCAGGGAAAUGUUUUAAAAUACUUAACCUGUUGAUGUCAGAUCUCCUCCAGUUGACAUCCACUAUGCUGUUGCAAAUGAACAAGCAGAAGCUGCAUGUGCCUAUGUGAAAGAAGAAUGACUUGCCUUGCAAGUAUCAACACAUUUACAGUCAAUGAGUGACCACUGUACCCAGAUCUCUUUUACUGGUACUGGCGUCCUGUCAGUUUCUUUUGUGCUUAAUGCUGCAGAGGUCUAACAUGCAGCUGGUGAUGUUCUUCCUGUGCAAUGCUAUCAACUUCCUCUUCGAUAGGCUACUGAUUUUCUCCUGCGUCUUAACAGUCCAUCAUGUCCCCUCUUUGCUUUGGUUGUGCACUCUGUCCAGAAUGUACUGCAAGGUUUUCCCAGACUGAUCCAAGUAUCAUCUUCAGCUGAUCUUCUAUCAUCUCCAUGAUGGCCCCCAUUGAAGAACAGGCUGCAUUAUGUCUAUAUUCAACUUCAGUCACCGGGUAAAGGAGUCAGUCAUAGUUUCACACCGUAGCCCUUGUCUCCCAAUAAUUAUACUUGAAAGACAACCCGUCCCUUGAACUGAAGCAGGAAUAUGAGACUUCUCAAGGAUAUAAGGAAUAUGGCAACAUGCAAGUUACCUGAUGCAGAUGUUUAAGAUGUUGUAACAAUGAUCACAGUUGACUUGUAGAUUGAAGGAAUGGAACACAUUGCUAUUGAUGUGAAACUGGCAAAGUUAUAAUAUUCUGUCAAUGUGACAUGAGUACAGUCAAUAGCUCCCUACACCUCGGAGAGCCAGCUGGAUUAGUGAAGCCUAGUGCCUGGACUGCAGCACUGAUCUGGGAAAAUGAGAUGCAAUGAUGUGAUCUGGCAUAAAUUGCAUUGAAAAUAGCCUUAAUACAUUUGUAGUUUGAGGGUUGUGUGUUCCCACACAGAUCCUUAGUGGAUGUUUGGAAGCAACCUGUUGCAUAGAAGUGCAGCUGUCACCUUGACAACCACUGCGAUAAAAUGAGCAGCCACCCCUUGACAUUGCAGUCCACUCUGUGACAGUGUUAUGGCAUGUCCUCAGUCUGUGCUGACUACCAGAUUAAUUAUUAAUUUUCAUUGUUAAGAACUCACUUUUA